AUGCCAAAAGUCCUAGUAACAGGUCAGUUACAGUUAGAUUCAGCCAGCCACCAACGGCUAAGAUGGCCGAAUGACUCCAUACAAGAACAGAAGCUGACUGCAGCUCUAGGCGGGAGCGGGUUCAUCGCCGCAUACUGUAUCAAGCAGCUGCUGGAGCGCGGCUGCGAGGUGGUGACUACAGUGCGAAGUCACGACAAGGGCACCAAAGUGCUGAACGCUCAUUCUGCUUCCGGAGGGAAACUGAGCUACCAGAUCGUCGAGGAUGUGGCUCGAAAAGGAGCCUUUGACGAGGUCGUCAAGUCAACCCCCGACCUGGAUUUUGUGCUACACACUGCAUCUCCAUUCCACUACAAUGUCCAAGACCCGGUCAAGGACUUUCUCGAGCCGGCGGUGACGGGGACAACCAGCAUCCUGCAAGCCAUCAAGGACAGUGCUCCCUCAGUGAAGCGGGUGGUCUUCACAUCGUCCUUCGCAGCCGUCAAUGGUGGAUCUAAAACCACUCCGCCGUUCUACGAUGAGUCGUGCUGGAACCCAAUCACCUGGGACGAAGCUGCUCAAGACAAGACCAAGGCGUAUCGAGGGAGCAAGACGCUCGCCGAAAGAGCUGCGUGGGCCUUCAUUGAGAACGAGAAGCCGACUUUCGACCUGGUCACUAUCAAUCCAUCCCUCGUUUUCGGUCCUGCUGCACCACAUCUUUCGCCGGGCGAGUUGGCCAGCUUGAACACGUCCAACCUGCGCAUCUGGGACAUGAUCCAAGGCAAGAUGAAGGACAGAUUGGACCCCACCGGCUUCUACAGCUGGGUCGACGUCCGCGACGUGGCACUCGCCCACGUCAGGGCCCUGGAAAUCCCGGAAGCCGGCGGCAGUCGGUUUCUCUUGAUGGCUGGGUACCAUACGAACAAGAGAAUCGCCGAGAUCAUAGCAACACUGGGCCCCGAGUUUAGGGAGCUGUUCCCUGCGAACCUGGAAGCUUUGGACGAUGAUCUCCCGGGCCCAGCCGAGCGGUAUACAUUCAGCACGAAACGAUCGACUGAGGUACUCGGAAUUGUGUAUACAUCUUUGGAGAAUUCGGUGAAAGACACGGUCGAAUCGCUCCUGAAGCUGAGGGCUUGA